GGGAGGGCCUCUGUCAGAGCCGUUAUUGAUCACUAUCAGGCGGCACAACCAGCCUGAGUCAGUCAGGGCCGGUGUUAAUCAAUAACCAGCACGGUGGUCCGCUUUAAAGUCAGGGGAGCAGAGCAGCUGCGGAUUCAUUCGGCAGCAAGCCCGCACACGGAUUCCGAAAUUGACAAACAAAAUGCAAAGCCUACGCCCAGCUUUCGUGGUCCUGCUGCUGUGGUGCUGCCACCCAGGAGGCCGAGCCAACCGCGUUUACAUCCACCCCUUCCACCUCUUCGCCGCCGACAACGUCAGCUGCGAGACCCUUCAGACCCAGACGGCAAAGCCCUUGCAGACCCUUCCUUUGGCGCCCCUCGACAUGGCGGUCCUGACGCCGGAGCCCCGAGAUCCGUCGCAGCAGGACACUCAGAAGCAGAACGUCACGCAGAGGACGGCGGUGCUGGCUGAGCUGCUGAACUCGUUGGGUUUGAGGGUGUACCAGGCGCUCAGCGCCAAGCAGCGAGGCGCCAACACGCUCCUGUCGCCCGUCAACAUCUACGGAUCCCUGGUCACCUUCUACCUGGGGACCUCCAAGAAGACGGCCAGCUCCUUCCAGCUUCUGCUGGGCCUGAGCAGCGGCACCGAUCGAGACGACUGCGUGUCCCUGGUGGACGGACACAAGGUCCUGAAGACUCUGCACAGCAUCAACUCCCCGGUGGGCGACGGACACAAAGAAGACGAGAUGACCACCCAAGUGUGGCUUUUCAGCCACCCGCACGUCCGCCUGUCCGCCGACGUCGUAGAAGGCACCCGAGACUUCUCGGACUCGUCCUUCAUCCGUGGCGUGGACUUCUCCCAGCCCGAGCUGGUGAACACUUUUGUAGAGAAGACGUCCGACGGGAAAGUGAAGGACGCCUUCAAAGAUGUGGAUGUGAACUCCAACCUUCUGUUUGUUACUUUCUUCAACUUCCAAGGCAACUGGAAGACGACCUUCCAACCAGAGAAGACCUCCUUACAGGAGUUUUAUGUGGACGAAACAACCACCGUGAUGGCUCCGCUGAUGACCCACACGGGCCUGUACCACUACUUCAAUGAUAAGGUGAGGAGGUGCACGGUGGUGAAACUGUCACUAAGUAAACGCUCCUACAUGCUGGUGGUGGUGGCCCACAAGGGCGCCAAGCUACACGACAUCGAAGCCAAACUACGCACUGACGUCAUGUCCUCGUGGUGCCACAGCCUCCAGGAGGGGCUGCUGGAGCUGUCGCUGCCAAAGUUUUCCAUGUCUUCUGUGAACGACCUGCGUGAGCUUUUGAGCAACGUGGACGCAGAAGUGGAGGCCAAACUGUUGGGCUCGCAGGCCGAAUUCAGCCGACUGGGCAACACCGACCAGUUCACCAUCGAUAAGGCGAUCACCAAGGUGUCGUUCGAGAUGUCCGAGGAAGGCGCGACGUCCCGGGACAAAGCGGAGGAGGCGACGGGCACUCCCCUCAAGAUUUCCGUCAACCGACCCUUCUUGUUCUCCGUGGUGGAGGGAGAGUCCAACGCCAUCCUCAUGUUGGGAAAAAUCACCAACCCGACGCUGUGAAAAUAACCAGACUAGACUUAAAAUGAAGGAAAUCAUCAGUUUUAUCAUCAUUGCCAUGUUGUCAGUAUUUAUGAAAACACGUUACUGUUUUUCCACUUUUAAGUUCCACUUUAAUUUUGUUUUUCUUUUAACAAUUCCUCUACAGUAUUUUUCAAUAGAGUUGUUACAGUUCAUCAGAUGAGCCUUGUAUAUUGUAACUAAAGAGUUUAUUUUUGUUCGAUGGCCGAAUAAAAUGUUUGUUCCUCAAUCAAA